AUAGACCUUCCUCAACCUUGGAGUAGCAGCUGCCAAGUGCUCGAUUCAAUCAAGGGAAGACAACUAACACCACCACACCAUGCUGCCGCAUAGAUUAGAUGCACUGCUAUGUCUUGGAGUAGUGCUCUUGCUUGCGGUAAUACUCUCUUCUGUUGAAGCAUUGCCGCCGCCUAGCAACAACUGUCAGAGAAAAUGCGGCGAAGUCGAUAUCCCAUAUCCAUUUGGCAUUGGGCCUUACGACUCGCCUGAUCACUGCUCUUUGCCCGGCUUCAACCUGAGCUGCACGGAAGUCGGCCAUGGAUCAUUCAGGCCAUUUCAUAAAGAUGUAGAGGUUCUGAAUAUUUCGCUGCAGCAAGGUCUUGCCCGGAUCAGGAUGGACAUGUCGACUUAUUGCUACAACACCUCCACUAAGGAAAUGGAUUACCUAAACUGGCGGCUGAACCUGACAGGUACGCCCUAUAGAUUCUCAGAGACUGCUAACAUGUUUACGGUCGUUGGGUGCAGAACACUGGCAUACAUUGGAGAUGAGAAUAACGUCGGCAGGUACAUGAGCGGUUGUGUCUCCAUGUGCCGGCGAGGCGAUGUAAGAACACUUACUGAUGGCUCAUGCUCCGGAAUUGGCUGCUGCCAGACAGCCAUCCCCAAGGGUCUGCAGUACUACCAGGUGUGGUUCGAUGAAGGCUUCAACACGUCGGAGAUCUACAACACCAGCCGCUGCAGCUACGCGGCGCUGGUCGAGGCAUCCAAAUUCACAUUCUCCAAAAGCUACGCUACAUCAUCGGAGUUCUACGAUACUUAUUCUGGGCAGCCACCGUUGAUCGUGGACUGGGCUAUUGGGAACGGAACUUGCGAUGAAGCCCGGAACAAGCCUGAGUCAUAUGCAUGUGUCAGCAGUAGCAGUGAGUGCUUUAAUUCGGACAAUGGACAAGGCUACAUCUGCAACUGCACCAAAGGAUUCCAAGGCAAUCCGUACCUUGUUGACGGAUGCAAAGAUGUUGAUGAAUGUAAUAACAAUCUGGAGAAAUACCCUUGCUCUGUGAAGGGAACUUGCAAGAAUACUCAAGGAGGAUUUCAAUGCAUUUGUCCUCCGCAUUACCAAGGCAACGCAUACACUGGGACAUGUGAGAAGGACCAGUCAAUUCCUCUAAAAGUCACAAUUCCAAUAGGUACUACUCGUAUAGUCGUAUCUUUCCGCACUGUUCAAUUAGAUUUUGACACAAAUAAUUAUCCUGUUGCUAUCAAGAUCUGCAAGGGAUUUGAUGAGAAUAGGAGAAUGGAAUUUGGUAAGGAGCUUCUUAUACUUUCUCGAGUCAAACAUGAAAACAUCGUCCAGCUUCUAGGUUGCAGCUUGCAGUUUGAAGCUCCAGUUCUGGUGUAUGAAUAUGUUCCAAAUCAAACUCUACAACAUCUUAUUCAUACACAAGUUGAUCCGUCCAAAAGAACUCUAGAGGUCCGUCUUAAAAUUGCCUCUGAGAUUGCUGCAGCACUUGCAUACCUACAUUCUCUUAGCCACCCUGUCUUUCAUGGAGAUGUCAAGUCCGUUAAUAUUCUUCUAGGCCACGAUCUCUCUGCAAAAGUUUCUGAUUUUGGGUGCUCCAUGAUUAGGUCAGCUGAUGAAAAUGUUCAAGUAGUGAAGGGGACGAUGGGCUACUUAGAUCCAGAGUACCUUUUGAACUUUGAGCUUACUGAUAAGAGCGAUGUUUACAGCUUUGGUGUUGUUCUUUUGGAGCUCUUAACACGAAGGAGGGCACUGUCCAAAACAAAGGUAAGCCUCGUGUCUGUCUUCAUGGAAGGUGUGAAGGAGGGCAAGCUUACAGAACUCAUAGAUAGGGAGAUAGACAAUCAAGAAAACAUGGAGUUAAUACUUCAAGUGGCUGCGGUAGCAAGUCGGUGCUUGGCCAUGACCGGUCAACGCAGGCCAAUGAUGAGAGAGGUAGCAGAGGAACUCCAGCGAUUGGCACGUCCAGUACCACCUCGCACUCAAGGGUUUCAUGGUGUUAGUGCACUCAUGAUGCAGGGACGGUCGUCUGACAAUUCAUCGGGUGACUAUACUAGUGAAGAAAGCACAGAUUAUUACAUCCUCCAGAAGAAAGCCUCGAUGAGCAUAGAGUUUGCAAGAUGAAAUCAACAUGGACAGAUGACUGAAUUUGUUGAAGCACGUGAUAACUAGUAUAAUAAUGCCUUGGUCUUCCGGUGCUAAAAGUUAGUGAUAAAAAAUGAAGGACUAUAAAAGGGAAGCACAAGUUUCAUAACACAUGGAGCUUGAUAUUUGUUUCAAUUAAUUCACAGGAUUCUAGUACCAUUUUUAAUAGUCUGUAUAUGGUUUUCAUAAGGUUGCCACUUAUGCUUCUCUUAAAAGAUGCAAUGAAGUUAUGGUAUAGAAAAUUUGUACAUACUUUCUAUAGGAACUCAAGUUUCGUUGUAAUAACACUAUAACAGGAGCCAGCAAGAUGCCUAACACAUUUAGCAAUGCA